ACGACGCAGCUAAAGAAACAUGGCAGCUUCCACCGAUGACAAGCAGAAAAUAUCAGCAGCUUUUGCUGAUAUUUUAAAUGAGAAACUCUCAUCUGAACACUUGCAGGUUUUAAAAACGUUUACAGGUGCUUUAAAAGAUGCGGAAUACAGGGAUGCUGUGGUGGAAGACAUUUUCUCUGAGCUCCUCAAGGUUCUAACCAGGCUGUUUGAGGGCCUGAAGAGUGCAGACAGCCAUGCUGAUGAAGAGCCUUUUACUCUGCAGCUCCAGCUCACCGCUGAGUGCUUCAGAUCCCAAAGGAACUCCUGUGUUCAGAGUCCACGCAAUCAAAAACUCCUCAGGGAACUUGGAUUCAUCGGUGUAUCCAUUAAACUCUUGAGUUAUCUUCAAACCACAAAUUUGGACCAAAAAGACGCCCUAUAUGAACCUCUUCGCUGUGGGAUCCAGUUUCUUGGCAACCUCGCCGUAGGAAACCAGAUGAGCAAGGAUGAAAUUUGGCAGCACAGCCUCCCCGAUGUCCUCUUGCAGCUGCUCAACGUUGACGAUGAGAAAGUGGUCAGCUACACCUCUAUGGUUAUCCACACGUGUCUGGAUGAGGCCAAAGUGGAGGAUCUGUCGAAGCCACAAAACAUCCUGCUGGCCCUCAAAGUGAUGGAGCUGUGUAGGACCCAGCCUGACCUGGACUGGACCGUCCUCAUUGCAACCCAGCAUUUCCUCAAGUCUUCAGCUCUGGUGGAAAGCAUGUAUUCUGGGAUGUCCCAUCAUGACAGAGUAACUCUAUUAGAGCUGCUCUUGGCCCAGUUAAGAGAAGAGGGCUCAGAGGGCUGCGGCGUCCCCCCCAGUGUGGCCCAUUUCCUGGCCGGUUCCUUCCAGAAAGGCUGUGGCGCGGUUCUCACACUCGCUACAGGUUCUGCUUCCAGCAACGAGGUCCUGCAGGAGGCGCUGACUGUAAUAAGUUUGCUAGACGUGCUGUGUGAGAUGACCUCAGACGACAAGCAGUUCAUGUUCCUGCAGGAGCAUCCUGAUCUUCUAGAAACUACAGUUGGGCUUCUGCAGCAAGUGCAUACUAUUGGGAAAUCCAGCAAGAAUAUUUUCAGCGCCACUCAGAGCUUCUCCUCCUUUACUGGAGAGGAUGACCCAUCCUCAUAUUCUCCAGUCAUAAGCUUUAAGGCUCACCUCAUUAGGCUGAUAGGAAACCUCUGCCACAACAACGCCGCCAAUCAGAACAAGGUGAGAGACCUGGAUGGCAUCCCACUCAUCUUGGACAACUGCAACAUAGACGGAAACAAUCCUUUUAUCAGCCAGUGGGCCAUCUUCGCUAUCAGGAACCUUCUAGAAAACAACCCGCAGAGCCAGCAGCUGGUGGCUUCUCUGAAGAGACGUGGCCCGGCAGACUACUCUGCCCUCAGGGAGCUGGGAUUCCUCGUUGAAGAGCGAGAUGGAAGCUUACUGCUUAAAUCUGUGAGGAAGGACUCCUAAAGACAACAGUGGAUUUUCAUGCAGAGCAGCUAAAGAGUGACAAGUUAAGCUUGCACUCUGUAUUUACCAAAUUAAGAUGCUUUUCCUUCAAAAAUAUAAAUCAGAAAAGUCUUAAAAAGAAAACUUUUCUACCUCAGCACAGUUAUAGAAAGCCCCUGAGGUCAGGAUGUCAGGAGCUCCUGCUUUGCCCUGAUCCGAGUGGGAAAUGAGGAGUCUGUGAGUGGCAAACACACGCUGGCACCUUCUAGAGAUGUCGAGGUCUUUGUGGUUUAAUCCAAAAACAAGAGCACCACAGGGUCGAGGCUUUUUUGGCUUUUCAAACACGGUCAAGUCAGCAGCAGGAGCUGGAGUUUAAUCUCAGACCCGUCGUGGCUUUUGCCGUAACCAUGAAAGAGAAUGUCUAAACCAUGAUGUAAUCUACCCCCUCGUGGCCUCACCUAAUUAAAAUAUCAUGAAGCUCUACUUAUUAAACCGCUUAAAAUAACUGCAUGUCCGACCAGACCUUUUAUUAGUAUUGUAAUAAGAAAGCAUUGAACACUAGAAAAAAACUUUAAGCUUUGACUGAGGGACGGAAGACGCAACAAAGUGAAGCAGUUUUUCUGGAAACAAUAAAAAAAACAAUAGAACCUUUAUUGGAAUCUCUGUUAAAAACAUGUAAAAAGCUUCAAAGUUGAUUGAUCUUUUGUUGCUGCACAGAAAAAUCUCUCUUUGAGGACAUAAGAGACUCCUCUCGUCUUUUAGACACCUUUAAGAUAAAUCGUACUAUUGCUAUAUUAAAAAUAUGUUUACACCUUUCUAUUUGUUAUAAACUUAUAUCCUUCCUUUAUUUUCACUUGCUUCCUACCCUCCUUGCCUCCUUUCCUUUAUUACUUGCAUAAUUUCUUUUGAUUUUGCCUUGUUUAUGCCUUCUUCUAGCAUUCUGUCCCUUAUUCCUCGCCGCCAUGCCUUCCUUUGACCCCUUUUCCUCUCUCUUCUGGUCUUCUCCCUGUUAUAAUUUUAAACCUCUCUGUUGCAAAAAUAUUAUCCUUAUUUUUUUUUCACCAACUUUACUUUUUUAAAUAAAGAACUGGGAAUUCUGGGAAUUUGAAAAUGGAGAAGUUUGGACAUUUAAGUUGAGAAAGAAGCGGUAAAAGCUCAUCCAGUUGACUCUAAGGCGGCCUAGAGUCUGCAUCAAAGGGAUAUACAGUUGAAAUUGUGAUUUGAUAUUUUUUGCAGAUUUGGUAAAAAAAAAACAGUGAAGAUAUUAUUUAAAAAAA